AUGACGAGGAUAACAGAAUGGCGCAAGCUCCCUGUCUCCCUCAACGAAAUAUGCAUCGCAACCACUCUUCGAUGCGGACAGUCAUUUCGAUGGCGGCAGUGUGAGGACGAGAGUUGGGCCUGUACACUUCGAGGUCGCAUUGUACAAGUGUCGCAAGAUACAUCUCACCUCCAUUACCGAUCGAUAUGGCCUGCUGCCGUCGAAACUCCCCCGACACCUCCCUCUUCGAUACCAUCUACCAUCGCAGACGAUGACGAAACGGACGACACGAAAGACCUUCUCCAACACUACUUGAACCUAGAACCCAACCUCGAAACGUUAUAUGCCCAGUGGUCGGCCUCCGAUGGCAAUUUUAGAAAAAAGGCGCCGAAAUUCACUGGCGUCCGGAUCUUGCGGCAAGACGCAUGGGAAGCACUGAUAGGUUUCAUCUGCAGCAGCAACAACAACAUCAUUCGAAUUUCACAGAUGGUAGAGAAGCUAUGCACGCACUACGGACCAUACAUUGGGACGUUAGACGGUCGCCGGUAUCACGAUUUCCCACAACCGUCAUCUUUGACUGGCACGAACGUGGAAGCGCAUUUACGAGAACUGGGCUUUGGCUACCGAGCAAAGUACAUAUACCGGACGGCCAAGAUGAUAGCCGAAGAUCACGAGGAAGGCUGGUUGGAUGGCUUGAGCAACCCAGAAAGUCCAGUCUAUGGCCAGAAACCAUCCCCUGCCGGAGAGAUGAAACCCGAGGGACGAGAUCGGUAUCGGGAGGCGCACGAGCAGCUCCUCAGUCUGCAAGGGGUUGGGCCCAAAGUAGCAGACUGCGUAUGUCUGAUGGGACUAGGCUGGGGAGAGGCUGUACCCGUAGACACACACGUCUGGCAGAUUGCGCAACGUGACUACAAAUUUGGCAAGGGGAAGCACAGCAGCCUGACGAAGGCGACCUACGAUGCUGUAGCGAACCAUUUCCGCAAACUUUGGGGUAAAGAGGCGGGUUGGGCGCACAGUGUACUCUUCACGGCCGACUUGAGGACAUUUGCCGAGAGGCUGACUGUGAAAGUCGAAACAAGCAUAAAAGAAGUUUCGCCAAACGGAAAUGAGCCAGUCGUCGAUCGGAAAGAGACCGUGCAACGCGUCACAGUCAAACGCGAGCUUGAAGAUGAACCGCAUACCCAAGUCCAGAUUGAGCAGGCCGUGGUGACCGAGAAGAGUGGCAGUGGGAAGGUCAAACGUAGGAGGCGACGAUGA